UCCCCCAAACUGCUGAUCUGUAGUCUCUGCAGCAAAUCUGGUUUAUAGCGCGUUAUCAGGUUCUUGAAUGCUGCUGCUUGUUUGACUUCCUUUAAGCAAAUUUGGUUCCGUGGCUGAGAACAGACGUUUCUGUUAGAGGUGGCAUGAAAAAGGCAUUUCCAGAUAUGUCAAGCAAGAAGCCUGGAGAGCCCGUGACAACCCAGCCAGCCAGCAAGAUUGGUAUGUCUGCUAUCACAACAGUUAUGUGGACUGGUGGAGAUUGGAGCACUGGCCUCUUUGAUGUCUGCAGCGACAAGAAAAUUUGUGUCUGCGGUACCUUGUGCAGCGCGUGUCUGGAAUGCAGCCUGACCAGGCGCUACGGGGAGUGCUUGUGUUUCCCACUGCUUCCAGGGUCCACCUUAGCAUUAAGAGUUGGUGCCAGAGAGAGGUACAAAAUACGAGGGACCAUUUGUGAAGAUUGGAUAGCAGUUUAUUGCUGCUGGCCUUUUGCUGUCUGUCAAGUGGCCCGAGAACUGAAGAGGAGAGCUAUGACCCAGAUCUGUGAAGUAAAUGCUACACCUUUAGCUGAAGAUGUCCUAGUUAAAAAAAUUCCCAGCAAGGGAGCCUGAGUCAUGAUUCUUUCUAUCCAU